CUUCCACAUCGAAACUGUUUCCCUCUCUCUCCUCGUGUUGCUUUUUUUCUACUGAAAAAUAUUUGAAGGAAGAGUAUAAAAUCAAGACUCUUCGAUUCUGAAGCACAGCUGAGGUAGUUAUGGCUAAGAAACAAUUAGAAGUGCUAAACGCACUAGACGUUGCCAAAACACAAUGGUACCAUUUCACGGCGAUCGUGAUCGCCGGAAUGGGAUUCUUCACCGACGCGUACGAUCUCUUCUGCAUCUCUCUCGUCACGAAGCUCCUCGGCCGCCUCUACUACACCGUCCCAGGCGCCGAGAAGCCCGGCACCCUCCCCCCUAACGUGGCCGCCGCAGUCAACGGCGUCGCCUUCUGCGGCACCCUCACCGGGCAGCUCUUCUUCGGCUGGCUCGGCGACAAGCUCGGCCGCAAAAAAGUCUACGGCAUGACCCUCAUGAUGAUGGUCAUCUGCUCCAUCGCCUCCGGCCUCUCCCUGGGGAGCCAGCCGAAGGCGGUCAUGGCCACCCUCUGCUUUUUCCGCUUCUGGCUUGGCUUUGGCAUCGGCGGUGACUACCCUCUCUCCGCCACUAUUAUGUCUGAGUAUGCCAAUAAAAAAACCCGCGGCGCAUUUAUCGCCGCGGUUUUCGCCAUGCAGGGAUUUGGCAUCCUGGCAGGCGGGAUGGUGGCAAUCAUUAUGUCGGCCGCAUUUAAGGCGGCCUACCCCGCCCCAGCCUACGCGUUCAACGCUGCCGCCUCCCUCCCGCCCGCAUCAGACUACGUGUGGCGGCUAAUUGUUAUGUUCGGUGCGCUCCCUGCGGCCCUUACCUACUACUGGCGGAUGAAGAUGCCCGAGACCGCCCGGUACACCGCCCUUAUCGCGAAAAACGCGAAACAGGCGGCGGCCGACAUGUCUCGGGUUUUGCAAGUGGAUUUGGAAGCGGAGCCCGAGCGGGUCAGUGAGGAAAAUCGAAAACAAUUCGGGUUGUUUUCGAAAGAAUUCCUCCGGCGACACGGGCUCCACCUCCUCGGGACCACGAGCACGUGGUUCCUCCUCGACAUCGCCUUCUACAGCCAGAACCUCUUCCAGAAAGACAUCUUCAGCGCGAUCGGCUGGAUUCCGGCCGCCAAAACGAUGAACGCUCUUGAAGAAGUGUACAAAAUUGCAAGGGCUCAAACGCUGAUCGCUCUAUGCAGCACCGUCCCCGGCUACUGGUUCACCGUGUUCUUCAUCGACAGAAUCGGAAGGUUUUUCAUCCAAAUCAUGGGGUUCACAAUGAUGACAAUCUUCAUGUUCGCUUUAGCGAUCCCCUACGACCACUGGACUCACCGGGACAACCGGAUCGGGUUCGUGGCCAUGUACUCGCUAACGUUCUUCUUCGCGAAUUUCGGCCCCAAUGCGACGACGUUUGUAGUCCCGGCGGAGAUAUUUCCGGCGAGGCUCCGGUCGACGUGCCACGGGAUUUCGUCGGCGGCGGGGAAGGCCGGGGCGAUUGUGGGGGCGUUUGGGUUCCUGUACGCGGCUCAGUCGAAGGAUCCGGCGAAGGUGGACGCGGGGUACCGGCCCGGGAUUGGGGUGAGGAACUCGCUGCUGGUGCUCGGGUGUGUGAAUGCAUUGGGGGUGUUGUUUACUUUCUUGGUGCCCGAGUCGAAUGGGAAGUCGCUGGAGGAGAUGGCGAGGGAGAACGAGAAUGAGAAUGAAGAUGGGAAUGGAAACGAGAUUACGGAAAUGGGUGUGAGAGAUUCGAGGACAGUGCCGGUGUGAUUGAGAUAGAAUUUGGCCAUAGUUUGUUUGUGUAAUAUGAUAUGGUUGUGUGUGUAAGGGGUCGAUAUCUUAGAUGAGAUGAUGGAGUACUGCUAUUUUUAAGCCAUCUUGUAUUGUACGAGUCGGUUUUGGAUGUGUGUGGUACGAUAACGGAAUUGAUUAACCAAUAUUAUGGAUUAAGUCGUAAAA